UUCCGAUUUCGUGCCUGCCCUGGUGGUAGUUGACAUGCAAGAAGACUUUUGUCCGCCGAAUGGAUCUCUCGCGGUCAAGGAUGGUCGCUCAAUCACGCCCUGUAUCAACUCUCUGCUUUCCCUACCUGGGUUCGUGGCUCGAGUAGCAACUCAGGACUAUCAUCCAGUCGACCAUAUCUCCUUUGCGAGCAAUCAUCCCGUGCCGAACAACCAACCGUUUGUGUCGGUCAUCGAGAUGAAAAACCCAGCACCCGGCAAGGGUGCCGAGACCAGGCUGCAGCAACUCUGGCCAGCGCAUUGCAUAGCUGGGACCUCUGGGGCGUCGGUCAUCCCGGAGCUUGAUACCAGCAAGAUCGACCUCUAUGUCAAGAAGGGCAUGCAUUCGGGAGUGGAGAUGUACUCGGCUUUUGCUGACAACUUUGGCAACCUCGACCCGACCGUUAACGCCAAGUCGGUGGAUGUGGACCUCGCAAGCCAUUUGGUGGAGAAGGGUGUCACGGAUGUUUUUGUCGUCGGGCUUGCAGGCGACUACUGUGUGAAAUAUACCGCGAUCGAUGCUGCAAAGGCAGGGUUCAAGAGCUGGGUCAUCGAAGAGGCCACUAAGUGUGUGGUGCCAGGGGAAGGCUGGGAAAAGGCCAAGCAUGAGCUUAAUGAUUCAGGCGUUGGCGUGAUUCACAUUGACGGUCCGGAACUUCAACGAGUCAAAUGAACAUAGGCUUGACAUGUUUUCUAAGCCUGUAGAAGGG